AUGGACUUCGAUUCCGAGACACAGGUAACCUCGUCCCAGCGCAUGUACACCGCGCGAGCAGACAACUAUGAGAACUCGUUCCAUCCCGAAUGGACUAAGCGAUUCAUGGCCGUCGCCGACGUACAACCCGGAGAACGCAUCUUGAUCCUGGCUUGUGGCACUGGCCUAGAAGUCUUCACCGCUGCCGACCAGGUAGGCGCAACGGGCGAGAUCAUCGGCCUCGACGUCACCGAAGCCAUGCUCAACAAAGCAAGGGAGAAGCAAGAGCGCCUCAAGCCCAGUGCAAACAUUCGUCUGUUCCUUCACGAUGCCACGAAAUUGGAGACGUUGCCGGAGCUCGAGGGUCAGAGUUUCGAUGCUAUCUUGUGCUCCAGUGCCUUUGUUCUCUUUGAGGAUCCAGAAGAUGUCGUUGCGAAGUGGCGCAACUUUCUCAAGCCGGGAGGCAGGGUGGUCAUAGACAUCACGCACGAGGACAACUUCAAGAUCGGCCUCAUUCUUGAGAAGGCGGCCAAGCGCCUGCGGUCGAGAUUUCCCAGCAACAGGUCCUGGAUCACGGACAAGAACUCCUUCACAAAGAUUCUCGAGAGCGCUGGGUACAUGGUGGAUAGGAUCGAGCUAAUGCACAACAUCUCUGGUCAGGGCAACAAAUCCUAUGGCGUGGACCAGAUUGACGAGCAGUUUGAGCAUGUCACCAGCACGACGUUGGUCACCAGUCUGCCGACGGAGGAGUUCAGGGACCAGGCUAGGGCUCUAUUUCAUGAGGAAUGGGAAAAGGCUGCCGUUGAUGGCCAAGUCACCAACGUGGAUGCCCUUUAUAUCUAUGUAGCUCGGAGAACCUAG